AUGAUUCUUCUUGUUGUGUAUAUCGAUGACAUUGUGAUUACUGGGAGUAAUGCCUCGGGGAUCUCAUCACUCAAGUCAUUCCUUAACUCAUAUUUUCAAACGAAGGAUCUGGGUUCAUUGAAGUACUUUCUGGGGAUUGAAGUCAUAAGGAGCAAGAAAGACAUCUUAUUGACUCAGAGAAAGUAUGAUCUUGAUCUACUGAAAGAAACUAGAAAACUAGGGGCUACCCCAACCAGCUUCCCUAUGGUCUAUAAUCCUUUGCUUGAUGCUGAUGGUAGCAUACCAUGUAAAAAUCCUGAUGAUGAUGCUAAGAGCAAGCCAUUUGAAAAUCCAGAAAGGUAUAGGAAACUGAUUGGAAAGUUGAAUUACCUUACGGUGACCCGUCCUGAUAUCACUUAUCCAGUGAGUGUCCUUAGCCAAUUUAUGGUUGCACCAACUGUCCGACAGUGGGAAGCCUUAGAGCAUGCGUUACAUUACUUGAAGAGAUCCCCAGGUCGUGGGAUAUUGUACAAGAAUCAUGGUCACACAGACAUUGAGUGCUUUUAUGAUGCUGAUCAUGGUGGGUCGAAAGCCACGAGACGAUCCACUACAAGAUAUUGUGUUUUUGUAGGAGGCAAUUUGGUGUCCUGGAGAAGCAAGAAACAGAAUGUGGUGUCAUGA